AUGUUCGCCAGACAAGCCCGCAACACGGCCAGAUCCGGAAUCAGAUCCGUUGGCGUGAGACCAGUCUCCCAGUACAUCACCAAGGCACAAGUCACCGUCGAGGUGAGUAAGCAAAUCUACAUCAGAGAAGGCCUGGCUCCUCCGUCGGUUGCCGAGAUCCAACAGGUGUACCAGGGACUGUACAAGAAGGCUCUGGAAUUUGCUUCCCAACCAAAGACGUCGGCUGACGGCCUGGUCAAGGUCGCCAAGUCUCUGUCCAAGGACGAGUACCUCAGAUUCGGUGCCUACUUCAUUCAGAUUGUCGGUCUGUUCUCUCUCGGAGAGAUCAUCGGCAGAAGACAGAUCGUCGGCUACCCAUCUUUUGGUCCCAAAGAGCACCACCACUAG